UUUUAUGUUUUAUGUUUUUGCUAGUUAUUUCUUGUUACUGAAGAAACAGGGUUAUGAAUUAAAACAUCGUUAUUUAUAUUAUUUGUGCAGUUCUUCACUAUUAGAAAAGUAUAAAAAUCAGAGGAAUGUGAUUUAUUUAUAACAAGGUGCAGUUAAGUACAAGAUAGUGAAGUGUUCCUUUAAAAUGCCUUUCAAUUUUUUAUGUUGUGUGAGGCCUGGUGUUGAAGACAUAGUAGAAUUAGAUUAUUCUCAUCAGUCCUUGACAGAUGUACCCACAGACGUUUUUAUUUACGAGAGAACUUUGGAAAAAUUGUUAUGCCAGUGUAAUCGUAUCACGGAGUUACCACGACAAUUAUUCAUGUGCCAUGGCUUAAAGUAUUUAGAUCUAAGUGAUAAUGAGUUACAAGCAAUACCAUCAGCCAUUUCUUCAUUAGUUAAUUUACAAUAUCUGAAUAUUAACAGAAAUACCUUAGCUUCCAUUCCUGACAGCAUGAAGGCACUCAAACAUUUAUUAUUUUUAGAUCUUAGUGUCAAUCCAUUAGAAAAGUUGCCUGAUACUAUCACUAAUCUUAUAGCCUUACAGGAAUUGUACCUUAAUGACACAUACCUUGAAUAUCUUCCUGGAAAUUUUGGACGACUUGCACAUUUGCGUAUUCUAGAGCUUAGAGAUAAUUAUUUAAUGAUAUUGCCGAAGUCUUUGUCUAGAUCCACAGAAUUAUUAAGAUUAGACAUUGGACAAAAUGAAUUCCAACAGUUCCCUGAGGUUAUUGGAAGAUUCUUAAAAUUGAAGGAAUUAUGGAUUGACGGCAAUAGCUUUACAAGCAUAACAUCUGUUAUAAGACCUUUAGAGAAUUUAGUGCAUUUGGAAGCUAGUAAUAAUAUGAUAGAUGAAUUGGCUCCAGAGAUUGGUUACUGUACACAAUUGCAAGACUUAUGUUUAUCAAUAAAUAACUUGACUCAUUUACCAGAUACCAUAGGUAAACUCAGUAAUUUGACAUCAUUAAAAUUAGAUAAUAACAGACUAUAUUCCAUUCCAGAAAGUAUAGGACAGCUAAAGAACUUAGAAGAACUUAUGUUGAUGUGUAAUUACUUAGAUAACCUUCCAUCAUCAAUUGGACUUCUAAGGAAGUUACAAUAUCUCAAUGUAGAUGAAAACAUGUUAAGAUUUAUCCCUUCUGAAAUAGGGAGCUGCAGCAAAUUAUCUGUACUAUCACUAAGAGCAAACAAAUUAACUAAAGUACCACCUGAAGUUGGUCACUUGACCUCAUUAAGAGUUCUCAAUUUGGUGAGAAAUUCUCUUAGUUUUUUACCACAGUCUUUACUGAAUUGUGAAAAUUUAGUUGCUCUUUGGCUCUCUGAAAAUCAAAGUAAGCCAUUGGUACCCAUGCACUCAGAGGUGGAUUCUCAUACCUAUGAACAAGUCCUAUCCUGCUAUCUUUUUCCACAAGUUUCCUUGGAACCUAUUGAGAUAAAGAUAGAAAAAGAGAAGCCUGAAACAGGUGAUGCACAAAAUUCAGUUAGACACAUCAGUUUUGUUGAUAUGAAGCCCACUGUAAAAGUUCCAGAAAAGGGUGGACAAUUGCGACGUGCACCAACUCCCUAUCCAAAAGAACUUAGAGCUAUGGCAAAACAUGCUAGAAACAUUCACAAAGAUGGAGCUCAAGAUGUUGCCCCAUUGCAAAACCCUGUUCAUAUCAAAGCUGCAAAAAUAACACCAACCUUGCAGCAGAGAUUUGCUACUGACAAUCAAAAACAAGAAAUAAGCACUUCAGGCAAAGACAAUACAAAUCCUACAAAUCAAGAUCCUAUGAAUGUGUCUGUUUAUGAUAAUCUUCCUAUUGACAAUAAUUAUGACAAGCCCUUAGAUCUUGCACAAGAACAAGAUAAAACAUAUAAAAGUGUAGACCAUGCAUUAUACUCUGAGAAUCAAGUAAGUGAGGUCAAUAAUUAUAAAGAUGAUUCUUCUACUUAUUCAUUGGCCCCUACUCACUAUAGCUUUAGUCAAAAUGACAAGUACAUACGGCAAGAUCCAAGUCGGAGCCCCAGUUGUCAAGUCCAACACAGUAAUUAUUUAGAACACGAAAGUUUUCCACCGAAUUGUGAAGAUAGCUAUAGAAAUUGCCCUGAAGAAUCUUGUGAACAAAUGCAGAGAUUAAGCCUUAGCUCACAAGAUAGGCAUUGUGCUGAUGAAGCUUUGUUAGCAUCACAUUUCAGGGAUACAUCAUAUGAUCCAAGAUGUAUGGUGGACAACAAUCUUGGGUGUGAUCCAAUAUACAGUACAAAAGAUACAUGUUAUGGUAGAACUGACGAAAGUUUUCAUGAAUCAACAUAUCGGGGAGAAACAUAUUCAUCUGCAAGAGAAAAACUAUUUGGGCGUAAAAAUUAUGAUGUUUUUAACUACCACCCUAAUGUUAUUCGGCAACUACCAAGCCCUCGGUUACAUACUGUGAGUCAAAUUGUAAGCUCAUCAACAAUGCCUAAUAUAAGUCAUUAUAAUAAUGUCCGUUCCAGCCCUAGAGAAGACUUACAUUUUACUACAGCUAUGCAUACAGCAUCCUCGGCUAAUGCUAAUAUGUAUGAUUUAUCAUCGUCUAGCCCAACAUAUGUUGCUACACAAUCACCUGAACUCUAUUCUCCAACUGGACAUACAAAUGACACAAACCCCUAUCGUAUGACAAAUACGCCUUUGGUAUCUGAUGAUGGUAGCUUUGGUCAUUUACAGCCAAUGCUUCCUCAAAAUAUGUAUGAUUUAUAUGAAGCAAUACCGGCUUCCUCUACUGAACCAAAUAUAAUUAGUAGACACAGCCCUAGUGGGCCUGAUGGAGGGUAUAUGCGAGGCCAGCCACCACCUUAUCAUAUAGCAGCACCAUAUACAAAACAUGCUCAGUAUUUUAAUGGAACUGGUGAAUAGCCAUACGCAUGCCAGUGGCAUAAAAGGCACUACUAGUCUCUUGGUAUAUUUAUCCUUAAUUUAGGAAAAACAAUUAAUUAAUUGUGAUAUGUUGUAUGAAAUUAAUAUUUAAAUAUUGUAAGGUGCUACGGUAUGGAACACUGGUUUGUUAUUGAAAUUAUUUUUAUGGAAAUAGUUUAAACGAAAAGGAUAAAAAUAUAGGUACUUCUAAAGUACAAUGUGUAUCAACUAUGUUGUUUCAUCAUAUUGUUGAGAAAAUUAAUAAUUUUAAAAUUGAAGUUAAAAUUAUCAAUAAAUUGUAAGUGACAUAACUUGUUGUUUUAUCCAUUAAUGUAGUAAUUUGAAGAAAAAAAAUGUAGUUUGAUAUAAUAUUAAUAGAGUUGCAAUUUAACAAUCCAUGACAAUUUAAAUAUAAUAAUACAAGUAAAAUUAAAUUUUAUUUUACUGCAUUUUAGGUGUUAUAUAUUAUAUGCAUAUGUCCAAGGUGAUUUAAAAAUAAAUAUGCACACAACAAAAAAUUUUCGCGUAUUUUACUGUUACUAUUUCUUAAUUUUGCCUGCUCAACUAUAAAAUGCCAAAACAUUUUAUACCACUUUUAUAAAACACUAUUACUAUUGUAUAAUAGAUAUAUUACAAUGAUGUUACAUAAAAUAUAUGUAUGUUAUUUUAAAAUAUUUGAUAUUGAAAUCCCCAUUUGCUAUUUUAUUCUACAAUUAUUGGAAAGGUGCUCAAAUUUCCAGUAAUUUUAUAGCUGUAAGUUCAAUCAAAUCUUAUUUGGUACCAUACUUCAUAUCACGAAAACUUUUUUCCUCCACUGUUACAUAUAUGAUUUUUUAGAAUUAUUUAAUAUUUCCUUAUUCAGCUUGUGUAUAAUUGCUGUAAUAUGUUACUUACUCUUACAUUACUAUUUAUCAAUUUUAAUCGCCUGCAGUAUUAUUAUGUGAUAUAACAAAAAUAAGCAGUCGUUUUUAUCAGGCUUUUUUUGUAUGGAAAAUGUAUUUUUAUAUUA